AUGGUUGCUACUCUUUCAACGCUCACUUCGCUGCUACUUGCAACAGGAGCAGUCGCUAGACCAGCUACUCUCGGCCGUGAACCCAUUGCCAAACGAGGGAUCCGGGCUCCUGCGCACCGCUAUAUCCCUAGCAAUAACCAUGUCUCGCGUGAUACUGGAGCAGUGUAUCAUAUCUGGAAUGGGGGUGGAUGGAUUCUGCCUGUGCUUAUCGGUGGCCAACAAGUCUUCCUGAACCUGGACACUGGCUCCUCGGACCUAUGGACGGCAAGCACAUUGAUGCCCACAGAUCAACAAUCCACCGUCACGCGGGGGUCGGUCUAUAACCCUGAUAACAGCUCAACGUCUGAAGUGGUGGACGGGUACACAUUUGGUCUGGCCUAUGCAGAUGGCUCUGGAGCUUCAGGGCCUGUAUAUAGAGAUACAGUGAACAUCGGCGGUGCGAUCGUUCCGAACUUCCCUCUCGGUGUUUGCGAUGAUCUGAAGUAUGGACCUGGAAGCGACGGCACUCGAGACACUGCUGGUCCAGUUGGUUUAGGCUUCGGCAAACUCAACUCGAUCCGACCCGACCCUCAAUGUACCUUCAUGGAAUGCCUCGAACCAUACGUCCCAGAGCCAAUCUUCGGCACAGCAUUCAAGCUCAACGACACCGGUUUCAUCAACUUCGGCUACUCCGACUCUGAGGCGUACACCGGCUGCUUUACCGAAGUCCCAGCCGCCAACACUAGCACCGGGAACGAAGGCCAGUGGAUGAGCUUGGGCGUCCAGUUCGGAUCCGGCGGUAAUUUGUUUGACGUCGAGCCUCUGGACAUGGACUUUGACACGGGAACCGCAUCAUUAUCCGUUUCUUCGGACAUAGCUGCAGCCUAUUGGGCCCUCGUCGAGGGCGCUGACGACUCCUCCGGGUCAUGGCAAUACCCGUGCGGCACUGAACUGCCUGAUCUCGACUUUGUCUUUUCGAACGUCACCAGUGGCCCAUCGACGGUGACAAUCCCAGGCGAAAACCUCAAGAAUGGAGACGCUUCUUCGGGCAUGUGUAGCACUUGGAUGAAUGUUGUUGAUGGUCGUGGUAAUGCCGGAGUUCCGCUCUAUAUCAGCAAAUAUAUCGUCUGGAACCAGGCUAAGCCCAGUAUGUCCUUUGCGGACCAAGUGAAUUGA